UGCAGGAAUUAGUCUCCCCAUUGGACGACGACUCCCGCCACAGGAGUAGUAUGCAAGUGCAUUAUUCUUAAUCUUCUCCACGUACCGUACCCAGAGAGUCAGAGAUCCCAUAGAUCCACAGAAAGCGCGCCAGCGAUGGACGCCCAGGGCGCCCUCGACUCGCUCCUGGGCCGCCUCACCACCGUCCUUGUCAACGAGGCGCAGCUGCUCGGCGGCAUCCGCGGCGACGUGGAGUUCAUCAAGGACGAGAUGGAGAGCAUGAACGGCUUGCUCCUGCAUCUCACCGAGGCUCAGCACCGGGACCACCAGAUCCGGGCCUGGAUGAAGCAGGUCGCUGGCCUCACUCGCGACUGCGAGGGCAACGUCGAGCUCUACGUCCACUACGUCGGAGUCGGGCCCGGAGGCAAGGGCAUCUUAGGAUAUAUCCGGCGGAUCCUCCUGUUUCUGCAGACCAUCCCAGUUCGCCGCCAGAUCGCGACACGGAUCCGGGAGCUCAAGAUCCGCGCAAGGGACGUUGGCGACAGGCGGCUCAGGUACGGCGUCACCGUGCCAGAUUUGGCCAUGGCCGGUGCCGACACAUAUGACGGCGACGCCCAGUCUCCACGGGCGGCUGCAGGCGUGGUGGAAGAUCUUCGGAGGCGCUCCGCUCUAUUUGACGGUGCUGAACCUGGGGACGAUGAGGAGUUCGUAAGCAAAGGUAUCGAUUCCCUGGUCAAGUGGUUGUGCGAGGAACCACCUGCCACCGCGGGAGAUGGUCAACCACAGCUGAGGGUUUUCCCUAUUAUGGGGUAUAGGUUGGCAAAACGCGUAGCACUGGGAGUGUACGAACAUUCCUCUGUGGCGAGCUCAUUCGACUGCAAGGCCUUCGUCACAUCAGACUACGGAUCUCCACGACGGCUCCUGGUCAACAUACUCGAACAAGUAACAGUUCUUCAACCUGAACAAGAAGGCAAGCUAAGAAAGGAGGGGGAGCAGCACAGCACGGAGACGGAGUCGCCCGUCAACAAGGAUGAGGAGCAGCUCGCUAGCAAACUUCAGGGGCAUCUGAAAGGUAAGCGCUUCUUGAUGGUACUUGCUGAUGUCACAAGAGAGCAGCAGUGGAAGUGCAUAAUGGAUGCUCUUUUACACGCUGCUGAUGGGUGUCGUCCUGGUAGCACCAUAGUAACGACCACAGAGAUCGAUCAAGUGGCCAUGUGGCCUUCUCCGUGCAAAAUAAUCAAUGCAAGAAAUCUAGAGGAGUUUUACGUAAGCAAAGCGGACAAGCUUAAUGCUAAGUACACAUACUGGGAUGAUACAUAUGGGCGCAUGUGCAUCUUCGACGACGUAUGCCACCCCAAUGCCUUUGCAAUGAAGAUGUUCUUGCAUCUUCUGUAUGUUAAUCCUAACAGGACAAGCGAUGAACUCAAAAAGUAUGGCGAUGCAAUUUUAGAGUGUAAACGGCUGAACAAAAGCACUGUUAAGCAAGUGCUAAUGUUCUGCUACAGUGAGUUGCCUAGCAAGUACAGGGGCUGCUUGUUGUAUCUCACUAUUUUCCCCAAAGGCCACAUCAUCAGGGCCACAAGCUUGGCGAGAAGGUGGAUUGCUGAAGGCCUCAUAAAUACAACUGCUGCAAGUGAUGACAUAAAGAUAGUGACGGAUGAAGCCGAGCGCUACUUGGAUGUGCUUGUCACUCGAGGGUUUGUUUCUCCUGGGGAAAUCAGUGCUGCCGGAGACAUCAAGAGCUGCACAGUACACCAUGAAGUUCGCGAGUUCAUAGCGAGGAUUGCUAGGGACGUAAACUUUGCAGACAUGCACCUACCACCAGAUUUGGCUCACCACCUUUCUAUUCACAACAGAAUAGGGUUCCAAAAAUCCCACCCUGAUGUUGGCAGAAAUGACAUCGUAGCUCUUCUUCCAAUCUUGGCUGAAUCUUCUCAAUGGCAGCUUUUGAAAGUGCUGGACCUAGAAGGCUGCACAGGCUUGAACAAGCAUCAUCUGAGGAGCAUCUGCAAGAUAUUGUUGCUCAAGUAUUUGAGCCUCAGGAAUACUGAUAUCACAGAGCUACCCAAGCAAAUUAAGGAGCUCCAGUGCUUGGAGACGUUGGAUAUCCGGCAAACCAAGGUACGAGUACUUGCAAAAAAGGCUAUUGUGCUUCCACUGCUAAAGCAUUUCCUUGCUGGUCACAAGGUCUCUGCAAGGAAUGAUGCUAACAGGUUUGAAGAAUCAUUUUCCACGGUGAGCAUGCCACUCAGCAUUGAGAGAAUGGAGAACCUGGAGAUAUUGUCCCAUGCCCAGGUUUCCAACAGUGACAGUGAGCUAGUCGGCAUCGCUCAGCUGCUGAAACUGAGGAAACUUGGUGUAGCUCUUCAUGGUAAAAAUGCCAAGUUGACUGAUCUGUUCCGCCAAAUUGAAAAAUUGCAUAGAUGCCUCCGUUCCUUGUCAAUCCGGAUUGACCGACCGGCUGGUCCAGAAAAUCAUGAUGUAGGGAUAGCAGAUGCUUUACCCUCCCUUCCACAGUUCAUCGAAAGCCUGAACAUCAGUGGCGUCACUAGUGGGCUUACUCACUUGAUUCAAGAGCACCAUAAACUUGCCAAGAUAACACUGAGUGAGACUUACUUGAAGGAAGAUGAUCUAAAUAUCCUUGGCAAACUGCAUGGCCUGCGCUGGGUCAGACUUCUGCACAAGUCAUAUACCGAAAGUGAGCUCGCCUUCAAGGAAGAAGAAUUCCAAAGUCUCAACUUUCUGCUUGUUGAGGGCAGCGACAUUACCAACAUUAGCUUUGUCAUAGGUGCAGCUCCUAAACUCGAGAGGAUUGUGUGGUCUUUCGCCGUCAUGGAGGCUAUUUCUGGAGUCGAACACCUCCCUGAGUUGAAGAAACUGGAGCUUAACGGCGACUGCAACCUGGAUCCGGUGAGAGCAGCAAUUAGAAGGCAUCCUAACUACCCUUACCAUCCUGUUUUAAAGCAUAAUCCACACCAUCAACGCCAAGAAGACGGAAAUGCAGCCUCGUCCUCAUCAGCUCCAUGAGUACUAAAUUACUCUCCAUUGACCAGAAGCUUUCUUCGCUAUUGGCAAUCCAUACAUCCUUGGAUAAAGAUCCAGCUGAAGGAAACCCUGGUCAUCGUCUUCAGACUCAUCGUCACAGAGUUUGAUUUCUUCCUUCACGUAUCAAUUGUUUUCCUUUCUGCAUGCAUGUUGUGUGUUUGGUUCUCUGUAUUCUCUGAACUUGGAACUUGUGUAUGUUUGUGCGUGUGAGAGAGCGAGAUGCCGUAGCUGCAGUCUAUGGUCUUUGGUGUGGAAUUUAAUUUGCGUGUAUUCAUCACGAACACUACUAUGUGUGUUGUCCUUAUUCAAUUGUUAAGUGAUGACGAGUUUGUGUCCUAUAUAAUGAUUGACAAAAGAAAA